GCGACUUUCAUUCUUCCUCUUCCCUCUCUUCCUGAAUUCUUCACUUUCUUAGUCUUCGCUGCAGCUCUUUUCAUUGUUCCUACUGUCCCUAUUGUUGACAUUAUCCCUAACGUUCUUCUACUUCGUUCGGCUUCCUUGUCUUUUCAGCGACUCCCAACAAUAGAACAAUACCACCACUACAAACGAUCGUUGUUUCAGCCACCCUCGAGGUUUCCUUUCGUUUCCGUACCACCAGAACAAUGCACUUUCCAUGAAUUACUCUUCUCACUAAAGCUAUCCCCCCUCCUAAAUCCUCAUAGACUCCUCGCUUCAGCCUUCUGACCUCCCCCCCCCGGCACACGACAUAUCUCAUUAGCAUUCAUCCCAGCAUGAAUCCUGAACAACCUCGUCCUUUUGGACAAAAGCCUCCCCCAAGGGUGUUACGAAGAACGAAUACAAGGGUUAAUAAGUUUCCUGUCGACACAGAUUUUGAAAAGGAGGAGCGGCCGUUGGGAAAUGCGCCGGAUAGCGACCUUAGCGCUCGCAAUCACCAAGCGCAGACGCAGUCCAAUAGCACAUUCACGCUACCUAGCACCGUUUACGAACUACCCGAGUGGGAAAGUGACGCUCAGAUAGCCGCACGAAAAGCUAUGGCGAAACGCAAUUCGCGAUCAUUUGCGGCAAGGACGUCAAGAACAAGGUCACGGAAGAAAGAGAAGCUUGGGAUUACGCUUGAUACUAGUUUCACAAGGCAUAAGGGAAACGUACCGCGACAGCUAUACCCACUCGAGAACGAGUUGAAGGGCAGUGGGACGAGUACGAAGCCAAACUGGUUUGGACUUGGCAGAUCAGGGACGAGAGCGAAGGGUCUGGGAAUAACAAAAGGAACUCCUCAACCCGAAAUCCGUAAAGGAGAAGAUCCCAAGACUGCGGAUUCCUUGACACCAGGCAGCAGAACCUGGCUUGAGAUUUCUCCAUCAGAUCGUCCAAUUCCUAUUGGCAUCUCAGUGCCAUCCGAUAGUGUGCCUGACUUCAGUCCGUACCAGGAAACGCGGAAACGGUCAGACAGUGACGCCACUCUGGUUACACCGAGCAUCAUCAUUACACCCGCCGCUGCCAUGAAAUCUGUUUGGUCCCCCGACACUGCCUCAGAUUACACUCCUGCACGUUCAUCUAGCAUAUAUUCGCGCACAACUUUCAAUUUUGUCCCGAACACAUCAAACGUUCCCCCGGUUCCUGCACUCCCCUCCGAUAUCUUGAAACCAUCGGUUGAUAGGCCAAAGUCUGAGUUCCCCCUGGAUACGACCGAAGAGUACCCUUCUCAUAUUAGAAAGAGCACCCUCGACUCUGCUAUAACAGCCUUUGAAGAAGACGAUGAGAUCAGGCGAAAAGAACGCAUCACAUCGACGGGAACCCUUUUCGAAGAAGAUGAGACCCCCUUGUGUGGCCGCGGUUCUCAACCCGGUAUUUUGUCGCUUGACACGGCCGUUACUCCCACUCCGCGAAGAUCCCAUGGCUGGUGGAAUGUGAUCACAACUCCAUUCGAGUUCUCGCGAACCAACUCAACCUGGACUCAGAAUGGCCGUAAUGCGGAAAGAACACCUGACGUGCCAAUGGUUCCCCAACGUUUCGACUUCAACCCAGCGACUGAUAUGAGCGCAUCGGCUCGGGGUGAUUCCCCUCAAGUCUCUACCUCGCUUCAUACUGCUAUUACUAGCCUUCCGGAAAGCGAUCCCAGUCUUGUCGCUCAAAUACCUCAGGGCCCUAAUGACAAGUUCUCGCCGCCAGCUGACGACCAAACAAUUGCGAACGACGGUCAAGAUCGGUCUCUCGACAGACGUGGUCCAGCCGUACUGAAUGAGAUACCUCAGACCUGCGAAACGCCAUCAACAAAUGAGAGGAACAUAACAUCCCCACUUUCUGCAAUGUCUGCAUCACCUGUGCUGAGCACUGCUGCUAUCGGGACAGUGUUAAAUGCUCGCCAGGUUUAUGAUCAACCACGACAAAUGAAUAUCAAUAUCGAACUCCAGGACAGACCACCGACUGCAAACGUUCAGGUUUUUUCCGCCACCUCACCGCCAGCAGUGCAGUUACUCAAUGGAUCUGCUUCAGCUUCUCGGCCGGCUAGAGGAGAGCCACCUAUUUAUGCGCCAAAUACUGAGCAAAAGGACCCACCUCAAUCUCUACCUGAAUUUGCUCCACCACCCACUUCAGUGCAGAAUCCAUCUCAAAGGUCUCAACUUCAAUUUCCAUUUAAAUUUACCCCACCACCCACUUCGACUCAGAGUCCAUCGCAAAAGUCUCAACCUCACUCUCCACCUGAGUUUGCUCCACCACCCACUUCGGCGCAGAAUAUAUCGCAGUCUGUUUACGAUCAGGACAGUCGGGCAAGUUCGCCAGAACUAAAGGGCCAAAAACCGCAUCGUAAGGUCGGUAAAAUGGACUGGCUCCAGCUCUGUAGACGAAAGAAGCAGAAGAACAAUAAGCAGGAGAACAAAAAGCGUCGAAGCCGAAGGUGUUGUUUUCUCCUAGCCAUUAUCAUCCCCGUCGUCGUCAGCAAAGACCCCCCAUCCCAAUGGCUGAAUUUGACCGGCUACCCUCCCAUCCCUACCGGAGUUUCGACCAUAUCCCAACCUGAAGCCGUAGAGGAGGAGUCUGGCUGCGUCCUUGGCCCGGCAACCGUAUGGAGCUGUGCAGUGCCCAAGGAAGAACAAGCAUUAAUUAGUCCAAAUAAACCUGAUCAACCCAACUUCAAGCUCGAUAUUUCUUUUGAAAAUGGGACCGUAUCAGACCCGUCCAAGACACGACCAAGCAGAAGAGCUCCGAAUGCAGUUUCUGUUGGUUCUUUUAUUCGGUCGCGUUUUCUGCGGAUUCGUGACGCUCCGUCAGCAUCUCCAGCACCUCCCAAUGACAAUGCUGCUCCCUUUGAAGGAGAAGAGACGCCAUUUUUUAUUACGUUCAUAAAUCCCAGGGGCGCUCCAUCACGCCUUUCCAAACGCGCGGACAACCCCAGUAACGUCACAGCCGUAGUUAAUCCUGAUGGGACUGCGGGGCCUGCAAAUUUGCUUCCCCUCCCUUCAGCUCAACCACUUCGACUCUAUAAUCGUGGGAAAGACAAUGAGCACUACGGUUUCUACGUCUACUAUGAUCGAGCUAUCUUCCUGAAAAGCAUAGCGCAAAAUGGUACGAAAGGAGGAAAUCCUGCGGACGUAGAUGGGGGCAGCCCAUUUAGUGCUGCCGCCUUGCGAUGCACAUGGUCACAGACACGCUUCCUAGUCCAGAUAUGGACUCGGAGCCAAGCAACGAAACCUUUACUAGGUACUUCAUCAGCUUCCGGCCAAAACACAAGCUUGAAACGCCCGGGGACUUUCCCCUAUCCCGUUACAGUGACGUUAGAUCGUCACGGUGGAUCCUCUUCGAUUAAAACUGUCUACUGUUAUAAGAUGGAGAAGGACGGGACGAUAAAGAACGAUAGGUCGCAAGUAUCAUUUUCCCUCGAGAACCGCAGUUUCGGAGGCACUCUAGUGAAUCCAGCUUCUGGGCCGACUACGAACACGACUGGAACCAUUGACGGCGGGCAUGGAGGUUGCCGGUGCCAGUGGCAGAACUGGCUUGCUGAAUGAUCAAGAUAUGAAACCAUUCCAAAUUUCUAUCACUUUUGUAUACCAUUUGCCAUCGUCUCUUUUUUUCAUUGUUUCAUGCCCCAUUUUGCAUUCUGGCGGAGUCAUGCAUAGCAUUUGAUAAUCAAAGCGAUAUCUUUUUCGAAAGUCUACAUCCAAUGUACUUCCCAAACUGCAAAGGAGCGCUCUACUCUUCAAUGCAUCAUUAUCACUAUUUCUUUUUCACUCAUGUUAGCAUGACCAAAAAAACAUUUCUUGGACAAAAGGCCACUGGUUGGAUUCUUGUACCUAU